CUAAUCACGUGAUACCUGUCACUCCCAGCAGACUCUUCGCGGCCAAGAUGGCGGCCUCCAUCAGAAUGUUCCGAGCUCUCGGUGACCAGGGAAUGAUUGCCAUUCUGAAUCCAGCCAGGCUGGCCACCCCUGCAACUGUCCUGCCCAUCAGGACCAAGAAAAGAUAUUUCAUCCCACCAUCUGUGUCUAGCAAAUAUAAAACUAUGACAGACAUGAUGAACAAGGCUAAGGCAGCUGGUGUGGUGACUCCUCAUGAAAUCCCAGAGCGCCCAAUUAAUAUUUCCUGCACGGCUGGCAUAUUUGAAGCAUAUGUGCCCCCUGAAGGUGAUGCUCGUCUAUCUACACUUUCCAGGGAAGGUUUGAAGCAGAAAACAGAGCAACUCAAAAAGAAUGCAGCUUCUCAGCUUGCAAUUCGGAAGAUAAAAGAAUAUGACAGUGAAUUUCGCAGUAAGACUUUUCCAGAGAAGGCACAGGAAAUAUUCAUUGCUGCACAUGAGUGCCUGAAUCAGUUUGACCGCCAUAAAUUGCACACACUGGUGACAGAAAGAUGCUAUCCUGAAAUGGUGCGUGGCAAUAGAUAUCGUACUAUACGCUGGAGGUUUAUUGAAUCUCUGGAGCCUCCUCGUGUUGUGCAGGUUCGCUGUCCUGAUAUGGUCUCCAAGGGAAACUUGUAUGGGCAGGUGACAGUUCGUAUGCACACUAAACAGAGCCUGGUUAUCUAUGAUCGGUUUGGGAGAGUGCAGUAUGGAAAGGAUGAGCCUAGAGAUGUUUUAGAGUAUGUGGUAUUCGAGCGUCAUAUGGCAAACCCAUAUGGAACAUGGAGAAUGCAUGGGAAGAUUGUGCCUUCUUGGUCUCCACCAAAAGAGCCAAUUGUUAAGACCGUGGUGUUGCCAGGACCAAACUUACAGCCAUGGGAAGAAGUAGAGGACUUAAUUCAAGAGGUGCCUGAAACGCCGCAACAGCAGUGGCAUAAAUGAAGACUUUACCAUUCUGAUGAACAAUAUUUGAACUGCAUAAUUAGGAUUAAUUUUACCAGCCACAGUGGGAUACAUACUGCAUCCGCAAAGGAUUCUGGACCCGCCCAACACUGUUCUAUUAAAAGUGCUUUGUUUCCUUUUUGUCUUAUUAUAAUUAAAUAUUUUUUUGCCAUAAA